GUCUCAGAAUCUUCUCCGCGCAGAACGCUGAUGCGUCCAAGCGGUACAAAAUAGAUCAUGAUCAUCGUCGCUUUGUUGCUGUUAUUUGUGGUCGUGAAGGUCCAGGGAGAAAAUGUUCUAGGUCGUCCAGAGAAACCUCUACUGUCUCCUGACCGGAGGGACAAAGUUUAUAUGUCAUAUGAAUGGGUCAGUUUUACCUGUACAGCACCAGAGCGUCAAGAAUCGAUCAGCAGCUUUCUGCUGUACAACGGAGUGCAACGUGAGUCAGGGGAACUCAUGUACAGUUCUGGACGAUACAGCGCCACGUUUCGGAUCACCGAACUACCGGUCGGCUCAAAAUCUUAUUCCUGUUCUUACACAUGCAAUGUCAAAGGUACAAGAAUAGAAUCGGAUAACAGUACAAUAGUGCAGAUACAAAUAGUAGGCCGUCCAGAGAAACCUGUACUGUCUCCUGACCGGACGGACAAAGUCUAUGUGUCAGAAGAAAGGAUCACUUUUACCUGUACUUCACCGCAGCAUCGGGAGUCGGUCAGCAGCUGUCUCCUGUACAAAGGCAGGGAACGUGCAUCAAAGCAACCCAGAUACACAUCUGGGCGAUAUAUCGCCACAUUUACUUUCCGGGAAAUAGGGACCGGCUCGAAAUCUUACACCUUUCGGCCACCAAAACCUCAAAUAUCAAGUGACCGACCUGAUAAAGUCUAUGUGUCGGAUGAGUCGAUUAUAUUAACUUGUCGAGCAACUGGUCGGGUACAUUCCCGUGGCACAUUUCAGCUGUACAAUGGUGGACAACUAGAAAAUGAAGAGUUUUCACAGCGAAACAGCGCGACGUUCACCAUUGCAAACGGAGGAGAUGUUCCGAGGGAUUACUAUUGUGUUUACACGUGCAAGGUGUCCGGUAGAAGCAUAUCCUCAAGACAAAGCAACUCAUUAACAAUUACGGUCGUGGUUCGGCCACCAAAACCUCAAAUAGCAAGUGACCGACCUGAUAAAGUCUAUGUGUCGGAUGAGUCGGUUAUAUUAACUUGUCGAGCAACUGGUCGGGUACAUUCCCGUGGCACAUUUCAGCUGUACAAUGGCGGACAACUAGAAAAUGAAGAGUUUUCACAGCGAAACAGCGCGACGUUCACCAUUGCAAACGGAGGAGAUGUUCCGAGGGAUUACUAUUGUGUUUACACGUGCAAGGUGUCCGGUAGAAGCAUAUCCUCAAGACAAAGCAACUCAUUAACAAUUACGGUCGUGGUUCGGCCACCAAAACCUCAAAUAUCAAGUGACCGACCUGAUAAAGUCUAUGUGUCGGAUGAGUCGGUUAUAUUAACUUGUCGAGCAACUGGUCGGGUACAUUCCCGUGGCACAUUUCAGCUGUACAAUGGCGGACAACUAGAAAAUGAAGAGUUUUCACAGCGAAACAGCGCGACGUUCACCAUUGCAAACGGAGGAGAUGUUCCGAGGGAUUACUAUUGUGUUUACACGUGCAAGGUGUCCGGUAGAAGCAUAUCCUCAAGACAAAGCAACUCAUUAACAAUUACGGUCGUGGUUCGGCCACCAAAACCUCAAAUAUCAAGUGACCGACCUGAUAAAGUCUAUGUGUCGGAUGAGUCGAUUAUAUUAACUUGUCGAGCAACUGGUCGGGUACAUUCCCGUGGCACAUUUCAGCUGUACAAUGGCGGACAACUAGAAAAUGAAGAGUUUUCACAGCGAAACAGCGCGACGUUCACCAUUGCAAACGGAGGAGAUGUUCCGAGGGAUUACUAUUGUGUUUACACGUGCAAGGUGUCCGGUAGAAGCAUAUCCUCAAGACAAAGCAACUCAUUAACAAUUACGGUCGUGGUUCGGCCACCAAAACCUCAAAUAUCAAGUGACCGACCUGAUAAAGUCUAUGUGUCGGAUGAGUCGGUUAUAUUAACUUGUCGAGCAACUGGUCGGGUACAUUCCCGUGGCACAUUUCAGCUGUACAAUGGCGGACAACUAGAAAAUGAAGAGUUUUCACAGCGAAACAGCGCGACGUUCACCAUUGCAAACGGAGGAGAUGUUCCGAGGGAUUACUAUUGUGUUUACACGUGCAAGGUGUCCGGUAGAAGCAUAUCCUCAAGACAAAGCAACUCAUUAACAAUUACGGUCGUGGUUCGGCCACCAAAACCUCAAAUAUCAAGUGACCGACCUGAUAAAGUCUAUGUGUCGGAUGAGUCGGUUAUAUUAACUUGUCGAGCAACUGGUCGGGUACAUUCCCGUGGCACAUUUCAGCUGUACAAUGGCGGACAACUAGAAAAUGAAGAGUUUUCACAGCGAAACAGCGCGACGUUCACCAUUGCAAACGGAGGAGAUGUUCCGAGGGAUUACUAUUGUGUUUACACGUGCAAGGUGUCCGGUAGAAGCAUAUCCUCAAGACAAAGCAACUCAUUAACAAUUACGGUCGUGGAUCUGCCCAGACCAAUCAUAUCACUAGUCCCCAGUCAUGUUUCUGAAGGUGAAGACGUUACGUUUAACUGCACAUCCACGAAAAGAACCUCGGUGGAUACAUUCAACUUGUACAAGAACGGCGUUCAGUUGAAUGACUCGGUUCCCCAGAGUGCAGAUGCACAGAACAAAUCAGCUACUUUCACCAUCCAGAAUGUACAUCCAGGAAAUAGUGGAAAUUACACAUGUGUCUAUCAACUGUUGGCAGGAGACAGGAAUCUAACGUCGGCGCCCAGUGAUGCUGUGUUUCUCUCCGUACGUGCAAAGUCCAUUCAGACAUGGAUUCCAGCUUUACCUGUCGUGGCCCUCGUGUUAAUGUUUGGAGUAUUGGGUGUUUACUGCUGGAAAAAAGGGAAGUCCAGAGGCCGCGGAGAAUUCAGGGCCGCUUCUCCUCCUAAAGACAGUCCCAAUAGCAAUGACAAUGUCGUAUGGAAGUCCAAAGGUCGCGCAGAAUUCAGGGCCGCUCCAUCUCGUGAACACGGUCUGAAUGACAAUGACAAUAUCGUAUAUGCUGAUCUUAAGUUAACACCGCGAACAAAGAAGCAAAAAGGCAAGAAAAAAUGCUUUGAAACCCACGCCGAUGACAGCACGGUCUAUGCAGACAUCAAGCUGUAGAAGGGGCAACAGGCUUCUCGAUAUUCACCAGGAGGUGGCUGGGAUCCAGUCGGAGACCAUAAUCUGCAGCUGCAGCUCAAACUACGGUUCUACAUGGCUGGUGGGUUCUUGCUUUCAGAACUCGCCGAGCGUCCUGGCGUUUCGAUGUUUCGUCGCGCAUCUUCGCGAUGACACCCUGAGGACGGCAAGACUCCUCGCCGUUGUCGUCGACUGAAACUUCGCGGAGAUUGAAACACUGAGACAGCGGGCAAUGUGCGUAGCCAUCCGAGGUCCCUGCAGUCGAGAAAUCUCUGUCGCGCUCUCUCGCACACACACAGAUACACACCCAUAUGCACAUACUCUCUCACACACAUGGACACCCAAAUAUACACUGUUUCUGCCUCUCCGUCACUCACUCUCACACUCUCUCUCCCUUCCCACGCACACACUCGCUUUCUCACAUACACACCUAUACACUCUGUCUCUGCCCCCACUUCCUCUCUCUCUCUCUCUCUCUCUCUCUCUCUCUCUCUCACUCACUCUCUCUCUCUCUCUCUCUCUCUCUCUCUCUCUCUCUCUCUCUCUCUCUCACUCACUCUCUCUCUCUCUCUCUCUCUCUC